CCAUCCUCAGCCAAAGGCCCAUCCUCAAACUCAUCCUCAGUCAAUGGCCCAUCCUCAAACCCAUGGCCAGGGUAAAACCCAUAUUCAGUCGAUGGCCUGGCCAAGUCAGGCUGAAUCUUUGACUCAACAUCAAACCCAGACUCAACAUGUUGUCCAGCCUCAGGUUCAUUCUCAGCCUAUGACUCAGUAUUCUACACAUGCUCAACCACCAGUCCAGCUCCCAGGACAAAUCCUGCAGGGCCAGCUUCAGGCUUGGACUCAAGUCAGAGCCUCAUCUCCAAUAUCUGUCCAGCAUCCUCAGGCUCAACCUCAGCUGUUUCCACAGGGUUACCCCCAGGCACAAUCUCCAUCCCAGCAGUGGACACACAAACACGAACUACAAAAUCAAGCCUUUAACCAGCAGAGACAUCCCACUCCUCCAUCAUACAUUCAGCAAACAGAUCAAGCUUCACAGGCUCAGGCCUAUUCAACAGUUCAGGUUCCACCACAGUGGAUCCAAACUGGGCCCCAGCAAGGACCUCAGAUAAGGACCCCUGGGUAUUCUCACAUGGGGCCAUUAUAUACUCAUCCUGAAAGACAGCCACAAAUACAACACCAAGCCUUGGCUCAAACACAACCCCAGAUGAGGCCCCAAAGUCCCAUGCAACAACAGAUGAGAUCUUAUAAUAUUGUUCAGACACAAGGCCAAGUACAGCCGCAAACUUCUGUUCGCCAGCACCAGCCUUAUCCACCGUCUCCCUCUCAGCAAUGUUCACAGGUCCCACAUCAGCCUGAAUCUCAGCAUCAUCCUCAGACACAAAUUCAAAUACCUCAACAAUCACAAGUGCCACAUCCAACCCAUCCUCAGUUUCCUUCACAGCCCCAGGUCCAAACAAAGCUGCAGGCUUCAGCCCAAACACUCAUUCACACACAGCCACCGGUACAAGCAAAGCCCCAAGCUCAGACUCAGCCACCUCCUCCACAACCCAAACAUCAGACCCAGCUCCAACCACAGCUUAAAAUUCAGUCAGCAGCUCAACCAAAAGGUGAAAUGCCUUCACAGCCGAAGCCUCUUGACCAGUUAGCCCCACAACCAGAGGCUCAAUCCACAACUCAAACUAAGACUGGAUCACUGCCACAAUCUGUACCUGAGGUCCAGUUGCCACCACAACCCACAGUUCAGUUACCAACCACACCAAAGGAUGGAUCACCUCAACAGUCCAAGUCACAGCCCCAAACAGCACCACAACCUGAGACUCAAAUACCAACUCAACCGAAGGUUCAUUCACAAAGCCAAACUAAGACUGGAUCACUGCCACAACCUGUACCUGAGCCCCAGUUGCCAACACAACCCACAGUACAGUUACCAACCACCCCCAAGGAUGGAUCCCCUCCACAGUCCAAGUCACAGGCCCAAACAGCACCACAACCUGAAACUCAAUCACCAUCUCAAACAAAGGUCCAGUCACCAACACAACUCACGUCCCAAUCUAUGCCACAGCCCAUACCUCAGGCACAGCCGCCACCACAGCCCCAACUUCAGGCUCAGUCACCACCGUUACCCAAGGCCCAACCUAGCACACAUUCCAAGGUUCAAUCACCCCCACAGGCCAGACCUCAGAUCCAACCACUUCCUCCACAGCCCAAAACACAACAGUCCCAAACCAUUGUGCUCUCUCAGGUCAAUGUGCUACCUCAGUCCCAGGCGGAGUCACCUGACCUCAUCAAACCCCCGGCGCUGGCCCAGGCACCUCCACAGGCUUACACAGAGGCUUACGCCAAGGCCCAGGCUUUGGCCAGAAACGGCUUUGAGGAGGCUAAGCACUGCCUGCAGGAGCACAUCCUGGAAGCCAUCAACGUCUUCAGAGACAAACGCAUAUCAGCCGAACAGGUGUCAGUGAAAGAGGAGACCCUGAAGACCUUGGACCCAGAGUUGCUGGAGGAGUUCCUGAGAGCAGCCAAGGGCAUGGAGGCCUUCUGUACCCCCCCACAGCUCAGAGACAUGGAGUUCUUCACCCAGUCCGUCAGAUCUCAGUGGGAGGCCGUGAGAGCUGAGAUCUCAGGCUUUUUGCCACAAAUACGGUUUGAAGUAACAAGGAGAGACUUUAACUCAGCUGCUGGUCAGUGUGAGAUGCACUUAAGCUCCCGAUUAGACAAAGAAAUCCAGGCUUGUUUUGCAGUGGAUGGCAGCUUUGCCCAGGCGGGGCAGCACCUCCAGGCCCUGAAGGAGUUGUGCGACACCCUGAGCCCGGAGGACGCUCACCGCCUCGCCCAGACGCAGCUGAGGGAGUGUGAGAAGAGGCUGGCGGCCAUCCAGCACCAGUUCAGCGGAGACCAAGACGCACCACUCCCUGAUCCGAGGAUCCCUGUUGCCUUCAGUGAGGACGUGACCACACAAGAGGAGCACGAGAUACCUCAAGUCUCAGCUGAGGUCUCCCAGGUGACAGUGCAGACGGUCAGUGUGGAGAGGAGGGAGGUUGAGAAGCAGACGUCAGUAGAGGAGGACAUCACCAAGAAGGAGGCUUUAGAGAGAUAUGAGAAUUGUAAGAGGACCAUACAAGCCCAGCUUUCUAAAAACGAACAGAGCCUGAAGGACAUCCCCUCGGACUCCAUCUCGCUGAAGGGCUUACACACACGUCUGCAGGAAAUACAGUUCUUGAGGCAGGAGACGGAGUCCCUGUGGUCCGAGUAUGGAAACCUGUGCUCCCAGUGUUCCCAGUUGGGUGGAAACACCGGUCUGGAGCAGGAGAAGGCGGAGCUGCAGGAGCAGUGGCGCACGCAACAGUGUAACCUCCAGAGGAGAGGCAGCUCGCUGGGCGCUGCCCUCAGACAGGUUGACUCCACCGAGAACCACAUGGUGGACUUCACCGACCGUCUGGACCGGUACCUGAGGCAGCCCAAAGACAUCAGCGCCUUCACACUGGCCAACACCAACAUCCUGAAAGAUAUUAAGGAACUAGAUGAGAACAUCCAGAGUGAGCUGGACCAGCUGUCCCGUCUGGACCCUGAGUCCAGCGAUCUGGACCCCAGGGACUGUUUCCCUCUGUCCCGCGAGGUCGAGACCCACAGAACCAGCCUUGAUCAGCUCAGACAACAGGUUCGCAAGAGUGAGGCCUCCGCCCGCGCCCUCGACCGAUUCCUCAUGUCACUACGCACUGUGGAUGAAGACAUCUCCGGAGUCCAAGGCGCCCCCUGCAGUGAUUCUACGAUACUGCAGGACGGUCGAUCCAAGCUGGCUCUGAUCAGGCAGAGCAUCGACAGUCUGAAAGAAAAGGCGCCUCAGCUGGAUCUGCUCCUGCAGGGAGCCAGGCUGACGGUCACCAGGGAUGGUGUCCCGGCCUCCUGCCUGGACAUGGUGACGGCUCUGCUGAGGCGGCUGGAGGAGGCUGACAGUGGGUUGGCCAUUCAGCAGCAGGGGCUCGUCAAGGAGACCCAGAAUAAAUCCCUGGGCCUGAGGAAGAGGGCGCUGCUCGCGGAGCUGAGGACGUUGCAGGAUAUGAUUGAAACACAAGGCCUGAAGGAGCCCAACAUACCUGCAGUGCACCACAGGCUUCGUGCCCUGUCAGAUCUGGAGGUCCAGCUGCAGGCCCAGCAUGCCGAGCUCCAGAACCUCCGUGAACUUCAGGAGAAACAGGGAGGAGGAGAACACCUCAUGCAGGAGCUGGAGACGCAGUGGAAGGACACUCACAAAGGUUUUUCUGACAGGAAGAAGCGUUACACCGUCCUGCUGGAGAAUCUGAAGAAGUUUCAGAGCUGCUGGAGUCACCUGAGCAACACCCUGCAGAGAGUGGAGCAGACCAUCGGUGAUCAGGCCUCCUACAUGGGCAAAGACAACCUGCAGAGAAGUAUAACCAAGUUCAUUGACAUCAAGGAGGAGCUGACUGGUCUCAGGGAGCGUAUGGAGGAGAUGAGAGGUGUUAGCAAGCAGCUGCAGUCACAACUGAAGACGAUCCCAGACUGCAGCGAGUCUGCGUACGAAGCCGAGGCUGACACUCUGAUGGACAACUGGCUGGACGUCACAGAGAAGACGGACGCGUGCAUGGACAACCUCAAAGUGGGACUGGAGCUGUGGGAGAAGCAGCUGAUGCUCGGCGGGGAGGUGGACAACUGGGCAGGAGCGAAGCUCGCCCUGUUUGCAGCGAGCCAUCCCUUCUACAACGAGCAAGACGUUCUUGCCAUGAAGGAUGAGAUCCAAGCAAAUGAGGAGAACAUUGAACAUUUCCACAAGAAGUCAGUGGAGAUCCAGGAGAUGCUGCAGAGUCAGGAGGCUCCGCUGGAACUACAGGUGAUGGAAACCCAGCUGAGGAAGAGGAUGGAGCAGGUGAAGGAGCUGUUCACCGACUGCACAGACGUCUUUGAGGAGCUGAUAGCUGUGAAGAAACACCUCGCUGAGAAGAUCGACGAGUGUCAGUCAGCUGUGCAGAACGUCCAGUGUUCUCUGAGUAAGAUCGAUGCUUCCGGACCAAACGUCGAGGUCCAGAUACAGGAUCUGGUUACUGAUCUGGAGACUCAGGAGCAACAGGCCGAGGCUGUGUUGAAGGAGGUGGGGUUGGUUUCCAGUGUGGCCAGUCCCCAGGCGCUGGAAGCUCUGUCUGUGGACUGCAGCCGACUGAGAGAAGCCAUCUCCCGCACCAAGGACAUGAUUCACCUGAAGAGAGAGGAACGGGACAAGGGCCUGCUCAAAGUGCUCAAAGAUGAGAGGCAGUCCUUCGAGGAAUGGUUCCAGGAUUUGCAGCUUUGUGUCAACGAGUGCUUCGAAAACCCUGAGAGCAAAACAGAUGUGGAGACGUCUCUGCAAAGACUCACCGCUUUCUUAAAAUCCAAGGAUGCAGAGCGACGUCUGGAUCAGAUGAAAGUUCAGCUGGAGAAAGGCAGAGAGCAGAUUCCUCCCCAGCAGCUCUCUGAGCUCAGCGGCUGGAUGAAGGAGCAGCAGGAGGAGGUGGGAACGUUCAGAACCCACUGCCACAACAGGCAGCAGCAGAUGGCGUCACUGCUCAGUGACCUGACCAGUUUACAAAAGCAGCACGACAGCUUCCGCGAGUGGCUGCAGACCAAAGAGAAACAGUCUGUGGCGUCGGACAAACAGAGACGACUUCUCAAAGAGCUUCAGGAUGAGAGUGGUAGAGCGGAGACCAUCAGUGAGCUGUUAGCAUCAGUGCGCAGACAAGGCUUCAGAGCUGAGACCCUCCUGAAAGACGGCGAUAACCUGAUUCAACGCUACAGAAACCUGGAGGCUCGGCUGCAGAAGCAGGCCAAGGCCCAGAGUGACCUGGAGGGGGAGUGCGACAGGUUCGAUACCCAGGCUGAGAGCACCAGGACCUGGAUCAGAGACCUCAUGCAACCCCUCAGCUCCACCGGCAGAGACGUCCAGACGGAGGAGAUGAAGUGCAAAGCACAGACGAUCCUGAGCUCCAAACCCGAGGGAGACUCUAAGAUGAACAACCUGAGAAGACAAAGCCAGAGUCUGUGUGAGAAGGAGGAGCUGGACGAGAGCAGGAAACAACAGGUCCUCCAGUCGGUCAGAGAAGCAGAGGAGCAGUGGACGGCCGCCCUGCAGACGGCAGAGGAGGCUCUCAACAAGGUGGAAGCCCAAGCUCUGUUGGACAAAGACACGAGAGCUUUCAAAACCCAGAGUGAAAACGUCCAGUCCUGGAUAAGAGACCAGGAACAGAACCUGCAGUCUGUCGGCGGACACAUGCCGGCCGAGGAAAAGCUGCAGAUCGCACAAGCUACUCUCAACUCCAAACCUGAGGGAGAGUCAAAGCUCCACGAUCUGAAGCAGCAGGGUCAGAGACUGUGUGACAACCAGGCGAUGGACGACAGCAGGAGACGAGAGGUUCAGGACGCAGUCAGACACGGAGAGGAGCAGUGGAGGAAAGUGAUGAAGGCUGCAGAGGAGGCUCUCCACAAGGCGGAGACCGAAGCUGCGUCCGACAGAGAGUUCGAUUCUUUCAAAACCCAAAGUGAAGACACCCAGACCUGGAUGAAGGAGCAGAAGCAGAAGCUGUUGUCCCUCGGUGGUCACAUGCAGUGUGAGCAGAGGUUACAGGUUUCACAGGCCGUUUUGAGCGCUUCGCCCGAGGGUGAGUCGAAGGUGCUGGACCUGAAGAGAGGAGGCGAGAGUCUGAGCGACGGCCUGGAGCAGAGCAGGAGGUCCGAGGUGCAGCAGCUGGUGGAGAACGCGGAGCAGCAGUGGAGGAUGGUGCUGCAGGCUGCCGGGCAGGCCGAGCUCAGAGGUCUCUCAGACGACUUCGACACGCAGAGUAAAGACACUCAGUCGUGGAUCAGAGACAGACAACAGAAGUUACAGUCUGCGGGUUGUCUCUCGCCACCUGAGGAGAGAUGUCGCACGGCUCAGAGCGUCUUGGGCUCCAGACCUGAAGGCGACUGUCAGGUCAACAAUCUGCGGCGGCGAGGCCAGAGCCUGUGUGACCACAGCGACGCAGACGAGGGCAGGAGGCUGCACGUCCAGCAGACGGUCCGAGACACGGAGGAGCAGUGGAGGGCGCUGCUGCAGGCGGCCAAUCGGAUCAAGGACGACGCAGACGCUCAGAUCGUCAAGGAGACGGGGAGGAGGAGCCUGGAGUUGAGAGAAUUCGAUGCCCAUGAGCAGGACACCAGGCGCUGGCUCGCAGACUUCCAACAGCGAGUGAGCUCACUGGGCAGCAGAACCAAGGCUGAGGACAAGCUGCUCACAGCACAGGACAUUUUGCUCUCCAAACCUGAAGGAGACUCCAAACUCCAGGAGCUGAAGAGACGAGGCCUGAGUCUGAGCGGACAGGACCUCGAGGGACAGAAGAAACAGGAGGUUGAGAGCAGAGUGAGAGACGCUGAGGAUCAGUGGACCGGAGUCCUGCAGGAGGCCAAACAGGCUCUGGAUCAGGCUGAGAAGCAGUGUGCUCUGGAGGGCCGGCUGAGGGAGUACGAGACCCAGAGAGAGAGCACCAGAGCCUGGCUGCAGGACAAGCGGCAGAGCCUGGUGUCUCUGGAUGCUCAGAUGGAUCCAGAGGAGAAGAUCAUGACUGCACAGACCAUCCUGAGCUCCAGGCCCGAGGGCGACUCCAAGCUGACCGAGCUGAGGAGACACAGCCAGAGUCUGUCAGACCAGGAGGACCUGGAGGAGGACACGAGACGAGAGGCCGAGCAGACGGUGAAAGACUCGGAGGAGCAAUGGAGGACGGUUCUUCAAACAGCCGAGAACACGAUGAAGAAAGCCGAGGUCCAGUACUCGCUCUCCAGGGAAAUGGAGGCCCUGUGUGCCCAGGCAGGAAGUACCAGACGCUGGGUUAAAGAUCUGCAGGACCAGGCCGACUCCAAAGGGAAAGGCCCUCGGGGAAGUCAGGCUCAGCUGGAGGACAGGCUGAGCACAGCACAGGUCAUUUUAAGCUCCAAGUCGGACGGUGAGGCUCAAGUGACGGAGCUGAAGAGACGAGCUCAGAGUCUCUGUGAACAAACAGACCUGGAGGGGGGGAAGAAGCUGGAGGUUCAGCAGAAGGUCUCAGACAUCGAGGAGCAGUGGAGGACGCUCCUUCGUUCUGCUGAAGAAACUCACAGAGAGCUGAAGGGUGUCGUGAAGCAGCUGGUGUCCUGUCGACACAAGCGAGGCCAGGCCGAGGCCCGACUGGCCGAGCUCCAGAAGCAGACGUCCGACCUGCCGCUCAUCUUCCCCUGGCCGGGCCUGGGCGAGCGGCGGCAGGCGGUGGAACAGGCGCAGGCCCUGCUCGACCGGAGCACGGCCCUGGCCCCCGUCCUCUCAGACGUUUGUACGAAGGCUGCGAAGCUGUUUGAGAUCACACAGGACCGAGACUGGGCCGAUCCGUCCGGGGCAGCGAAGGAGGAGUCGAUCCCUGCUCUGCUGAAGGAGCUGACGGCUGCUGAAGCUAACCUGGAGCAGGGCAUCCUGACGGAGAGGCAGUGCACUCAGCUGGUGGAGCAGCAUGAAGCAGCUCAGGACUGGCUGAGGGAGCACGUGAAAGGCCUGGGAGCUCCUCCAGAGGACAGACAGGGUCUGCACGGUGCUGUCAACACCCUGAAGGCUUUGCUCCAGACAGUGGACAGGGAGCAGAGAGAGAUGAAGGAGCUGGACUCUGCCAGAGACAAGCUGCUGAGCCUCUGUACCCCCGGAGGUCGGGAUUCACUAACACUGGAGGUCAGACAGCUCCACGACCUCUGUGACUCCUCGGAGCAGGAGGUGAGGGAGCGUCUGAUGGCCUGCGAGCUCCGGCUGGAGGAGCUGGAGCAGCAGGCGGCCAAGAGGGGCCAGGAGCUGAAGGAGCGAGCUGCAGCUCUGCAGUGGGAGCUCCGCUCUCUGGACCAGGCGCUCAGCUACAGUGAACCACAGCACAACAUCACUCAGCUGCAGCAGCACUGGCACAGCCUUCAGAACUGUGGGAAGUCGCUGGAGGAUUUGGGGGUUAAAGUUCACGAUCUCCACCAGGAAGUGAAGUCAACACCUUCCACCAAUGAGCUGCCGUCAGAAACGAUCAGUGUGGUUGAAUCCUUAUGCCAACAACAUGACAGUCUGAAAUCCCGGCUGAGUGAGCAUCAGGACGCCUGCUCCACAAACACAGCUCGCAGUCUGACGGACUGUGUUCAAGCCCUGCAGCAGUGGAAUCACAGCAAACCAUCGGAGUCCAUUUCUUCUGUGCAGGUGACAUUAGAGGAAGGUGAAAAGUUGCAGGUCGGCCUGCGGGAGGCGCUUUCUCACCAGCAGUUUCUAGCAGGGUGUCUGAGGCCAGUUGUUUUUGAGAAACUGAAGAAAGACGGUUCAGAGACACUCAGACAAGCAGAUGCACGUCGAGGUUCUCUAACCCAGAGCUUAAAGGAACUUGAAGACAAGAAGAAACAAAAGCUGGAUGACAUUCAGUCCAUUGACCUAGAGGAGACAAAGACUUCAAUGAUGGCACCGCCACGAAAGAACAAGCGCUCACCUGAGAAGAAAUCUUCAAAAACUCGUCCAUUAACAGAAACAACUACGUCUUUUGAGGAAAAAUUGACUCUUCAUGUCAUAGAGGACAGCGCAAAACAAAUCUACCAACAGUUUAAAAACACAAGGAUUCAUGUCACAGUGGAGCGUGAUGAAGCUGAGCAAGUUAAAGCUGUUGUUGAGGAACAGAGACUCAUCCAGAAGGUCAAUGAAAAGUCUGUGUCUGCUGUUAGGGAGGAAACUACACCUGUUCCAUCCAGAAGAAAGACCAAAGCUUUGACCACUGAUACAGAGCCUGUCCAAUAUAAGGUGGAGACAGCAGCAACCGUUAUUCUGGAUGUAUCAAAACCAUCAAUUCCUGCCCCUGUGUCUAAGGAUGUUGCAGAGAAAGUGGAUGAGACCCUGGAAAGCUCCCUUACAAAGUCACUCGCAGAACAAGCUAGGACCACGGCCAAGCUCGGAGAUACCAGUAAAGAUGCAAUACGUUCAGAAGUGUCUUUAGAGAUUACUGAUGCAAAACCUACACCGAUCAAGGAUGACUCUGAGCCCAUCACGAAAACCGAUGCUAAACAACCUAUGUCUGUACCAAAGAUUUCACAGGUGAUCACAGAGCCAACUGAAGCUGCUGAUCUAGACAAAAGUAAGCUCUUGCCAAAGAAAAGAAAGUCAAAGAGUCAAAAACCCACUGACGAGCUUGACAGCCAGAUGUCUUUGACAUACAAGGAGCAAGCUGAAGCUGCUCCUAUGGACAAAACUAUUAUUAUACCCAGCGGAAAGUCAGAGGUUCUAGGUCUUUCAAUUGCUCCAGAGCCAGUGUUGGCAGCUGAAAGUUCUACAUGUGUGGUUAAAGAGCCUGAAAAGCCACUUGAAAUUGCUGUUCUAGAACAAAUUGAGGUUUUACCACCCAAGCGAAAGUCAAAGAGUCCAAACCUUCCUGAAAAACACACCGACCAGCAGAGGAAAGGGGAAUCUGAUCGUGUGGAACCUGAAGAUGGAAAGAAAGAGCCCGACAACCUGAAGUCUUCUUCAACUUCACAGGAGGUCUCAAUAACAACUGAAACCAUUUUCAAAAUUUCUCCAACCAAAAGAAGAUCAAAGGGUCCAACGCUCUUCCCAGAACAAGAUACCAAGGAGGGAGCCGAUACUAAACAAGAGCCUGACAGUCAGAAACCUUCCAGGGAGCCACCUAAAGAGGUUGUGGAAGAAACUAAAGUUAUACCGAUCAGGAGGAAGUCAAAGACUCUGGAGGUUUUCACAGAAACCGAGAAAGUAUCUCCCCAUGAUAGAAUUUCAUUUAUGGAACCUAAGGAAACAACACAAGAAGCUGAAAAGGAUCCCACAGUUACAGAUAUUGUUGCUGAAACUGCUGUUGUGGAGAAAAGUAAGUUUCUACCACCCAGGAGAAAGCCAAAGAGUUCAGAGCUUCCUCUUCAACUUGCUGAGACUGAGGUACCUCAGACGGUGGAAGAUCCAGAGGGUCAGAAGGUGGGUGUGGCCACAAACAAGGUUUCCCCAACCACAAGAAAGUCAAAGGGUCCAAAGGUUUCUCCAGAUCUUCCUCACAAGGUAGAAACACAUGCCAUGGAAAAGCCAGAGAGUCUGAUUACUGAAGCUGCUAUUGUGGAGGAAACAAAGGUUAUACCUAGCAGGAGGAAAUCAAAGGAGCAUCCUGACAGCCAGAAGCCAGAGGUGGUUACAGGACCAGCUGAAAUGGUUGUAGAAAAGGUGUCUCCAACCAAAAGAAAGUCAAAGGGUGCGAAACAUCUCACAGAGGUUGUCACCAAGGAUGUGGCAGAGAUCACAAAAGAGCCAGAUGUACAGAAGUCUCAAACUGAGACUGUCAUUAUUGGGACUACUGAUGCAAAGUCUACUAAAUCUAGGGAAGAACUCCAAAGUGAAAAGGCUACUUCAACUGCACAGGUAGUCGUGGGAGUACCUGGAAGUACUAUUGUGGAAGAAGUUAAGCUCCUGCCACCCACAAGAAAGUCAAAGGAUCCAAAGGUUUCUCCAGAGCUUCCUCACAAAGAGGAAACCCAGGCCAUGGAAAAGCCUGACAGUCAGGAGACAUUUUCUAUCACAAUUAGAAGUGCUCACAAUGAACCUGAGCAAACUAAGAAAGAAUCUGAGAGUCCAGUGGUUGCUAUGGUUCCAGAGGCUUUACCUGUUCUGCAAAUUUCCUCACAACAGAUACAAGGACCAAAGACCACAAGUCAGAAAUCUGAGCUCAGUGACAUCAAGCCCGGAGUCAACAAGGAUGUGAAGUCAGAGAUUACUGUUCAGGUUCAAGGCACUUAUGAUGUUCAGGAGUACUCAGAAACAAAGUUGGCCACAAUCAUUCUCGGCACAUCUGAGGUUUUCGUGAUUGCCGAUACUCACCCACUUAAAGUGGAUACUCCAUCUCAUGCAGAACCCCUGGAGUCUAUUUCAAGUACCUUGCCUAAACUUGCAGUCUCUGAUUCACAGGAACCUAAAGACAAAUCUGAAAAAGCCCCAGAACAAACCAUUACUAAGUCUACCGACCAGAGUAAGACGCCUGAAACACAACCUCAUCUUUCUUCCAAGCCUACAGAUGCACCAUAUGGAGCAGAUUAUGUUGACAAACUAUGGAAAAAUACAGCAGAGAUUCAAAGGAGAUAUUUGAUUCUCGAUAUGCCCGACAUAGGAAUUCCUCAGACACGUGACAUAAAAGAAGUUGACCCAAAAGCUGGAAGUGACUCCUCUCAGCCUCCUUCUGUUGUUUGUGCAGUGGCGCAGCCUCAUGAUACAGAGGUGGAUGUGGCAGGAAUAAGCCCGACUGAGCAAGAAAUAAUGAAACUAAGUGAAACUCUGAGUCAGCUUAAGCUCACACAAGAAAGACACAAAGAGGACAAGCAACAAGGUUCCCCAGGGACCCUGUUUGAAAAAUCUGCUAAGAUUGAUCGAAGCCACAAUGUGGCAGAAGUGAAUGUUUUGCAAAUGACUACAAAACCUGAUAUAAACAAAAAAGAAAUCAUAAAAGUCUCAAAAGAAAAAGAGGAUGAGGUUGACUUGAUGAAAGAAUCGGUUGUCCUGUGUGAAGCAGUGCCAGAGAGCAAGGAUGUGACUUCCACUAAUGCACAGCUGGAGAAGACUGCAGUUAAGAAGACCGUGAUGAAAAUGCAAGAGAGCGGCAAUGAAUUUCCAGACACCAUGGCUCAACCCACCUCACCUGCUUCUGAAGUAUCGACACCAGAUCAGGAAGAGACCACAAGUGAAAAACUCAAAGUGGUGAAGGAACAGGGUGUCCAAGAGCAGCCUCCGACAGUGUGGACAUAUUUCAUGGAUGAAAAGUCUCUCAAGGUGGAGAAAAUCCACUCGGGGCCUGAAGUCUGCAUUUUGCAACUAGAUAUAGAGACAGCUACAGAGGAGCAUGGAAAUCAAGAGCCAAGAAUAGAGAUUCAAACAAGUAUCCGAAGUGAAGAAGUGCCAGAAAACAAAGAUAAGACCUUUGCUGAUGUUGAGCCAGAGAAAGCUGCAGAUGUGAUGACUGAGAUAAAGCUGCAAGGAAUCAGAACUGAAUGUCAAGACAAUGUGACUCAAAGGGACUCGGCUCCACCUACUUCUGUUGUUUCUGAAUUAUUACAACCAUAUGAGACAGAGACAGAAUUUAUAGAAAUUAACUUAUAUGAGCAAGAAACAGUAAAGUCAAGUCAAAGGGAAAUUAAGAUAGAAUUCUUGAAAACCACACAGGAUAGAACAACAGAGGUCAAGGAGCAAGGGGUCAAAGAAGAGCAUCCUGAACCGUCCAUUCAUGGUAUGGACGAUGUAACCGGGAGCCUGGAUGAAAAGUCUGUUAAGAUCGAGAAAAUCCCCACGGAGCCUCAGGAACACCUACGCAGUGGUGAAAAGAUAUCCCCAGCUCAGAAAUCGUCAACGCACGUUAGCCUGGAAGAAGUAACCCGGGAGGAAGGAUUAGCUGCUCGGGAAAACAAAGAAGAAGAACGUGUUGUGAAGAAACAAGGUGUGGAGUCGGCAGAAAGCUCCGGCAUCGGGAGAAUCUUCCCAGAAAUGCAGCUACUCUCAGGAACAGGACCCAGCAGUGAAAUCACUGAGGUUAAAUCCCACGAUGAUACUCCAGAGACUCUGAUUACGUCCACCACUGACAUGGACGAGCGUGUGAACAGACUGGUGUCUCAAAUCUUGAGCUGCAGGAAUCGCCCAGCUGAGCUUAGCCCAGCAGCCAUGGCCCGGCAGGUGGAGGAGGCGCAGCAGUGCAGAGAGUCCGCCCAGGCCCAGGGGUCGUUACUGUCCCAGCUGAGAGGAGCUGAAUCUACGGACAGAGACUCACUGGAGCACCUGGAGGAUGAGUGGAGCGCUGCAGCUCAGGAUGCAGCUGCCGUCAUCCAGAGCAAAGAGGCCCAGCUGGAGCUUGUGAUGGAUUACGGCCGACAGACGCAAACAGCCCAGACCACAGUGGAGAGACAGACCGCAGAACUGGACGCUGUGGAAACGUCGAAGGGACAGAGCAGCUCCAAGGAGGCGGAGCAUCUAUGCUCGUUCCAGAGAAGUAUGGAGGACAACAGAACGGUACUCGGAGAGUUGCUUUUGACCUUCACCACGUUGUGCCCCCACCUCAGCCAGUCUGAGCGAUCAAACGCCCACACGGAGCAGAGGAACCUACACGAGAGGUGGAGAGGCCUGGAGAGAGCUGUGGAGAGGAGCCUUCAUCACACAAGGGUCCACUCUCACGAGACCAGCAGCCUUCAGUCAGAGAUAUCAAACCUCCGGGAACAUUUGGAAACAAUUGACAAAGACCUCGAGGCCAAGUCUCCUGCGGUCACUCAGUGGAAUUGCAAGAAGGCUCAGCAGCUGAUGGAAGCCAAUGCUGAGGUUAAAGCCGCCAAGCAGAAGUUCCUCUAUUUGCAGAAGCGUUCAGAGGCACUAAUGCUCAGCUCACGUUGGGAGAAGGAAACAAAAGAAAUACAACAGGGGCUCCAGAUGAUCCAAGACAAACUCAGUCACACAGAAGAACUAGUGUCCAGUCAAACCCAGAGCAGCAGCAACCCCAUCAUGGAGAAAAUCAUCACAGUGAUGAGGGACGGCCUGGCCUGGGCGAAGCAGACAGAGAGUGAUAUCGAGGGAAGGAGGAAGACGGUGGCUCUCCUCCCUGAAGAGGUUCACCGGCAGCUCAGAGAUCUGAAGAAGCUGCAGUCGGAGGUGAUGAGCAAACAAGGCCAACUGGAGUCACUGGUGGAGGAGGUGACGGAGCUCCUUCCACAGCUGGACCAGGCGGAGGAGGUGCCCGUGGUUCGCACUUCUCUUCAAACACUUCAAAAACUCUCAUACUCCACCACUGAUAAGUUAGCCAAAGCUGUGAGAGAGAUAGAGUCAGGACUGCAGACCAGAGAAAAGAUGUCCGAGCAGAUUGCUGACCUAGAUUCCUGGGUUGUGGCUCACCUGCACAGGGAGGCCUCCAGGAGUGAAGACAGUGAGUUGAGAAACCCAACUGAGCUCGAUCGCAGAGUUCGUCAGCUGCAGGAGACACUGGCUGAGGCUGACAAGCAGUCCGCCGUCUGUGAGGCGCUGUUGAUGAAGAGUAAAGACAUUUCCUCUGAACUCAGCAUCUCAGAGAAAUGUCAACUCUUUGAAAAGCUAACUAACCUCCAGGAAGACAUCAGAGCCAUUAGUAGCUAUGAAAAGGUCAACAAGAAGGAGCUGGAUGAAUUCGUCCAAACUCGAGAGUCCAACAAGAAGAAUCUGGUCACCAUCGAACAAAGCCUGAGGCAGAUGAUAGGGGAUCUCAGCAGACACAGGUAUCCCAUCACAAGUGAGUCCCUGCAACCUAUAGAACCUUUCAAACACAUGAUUCUGGAGCAUAAAUCCCAGGUGGACCUCCUGCAGCCCUCGAUUCCCCAGGAAAAGACAAAAGAACUCCACUCGAUCAUUUCUGAAAUUCACAGCAAAUUGAUCAACCUGGAAACCAAAGGCAGGGAGCAUGAGAAGUACCUGGGCAUGAGGCAGCGAGUGGAGGACCUCAGGGAGAACGUUCGGGAGCAGGUCCGACAGACUAAAGACGACAGCAAACAGCUGGAGGACAAGUACAGAAGAUGUCAGACCCUCAUUGUCCAGAUUCCUCUGAUAAAGUGGUUGUGUGAGGAGGCUCGCUCCGAACUCCAGACGAUCUCCACUGACCUCUACCCCUCUCAGCUGGCCGCAGAACAGCAGAGGCUCAAACAGAGCGACGAGAGCCUGGACACGUUGCAGAUCAUGCUCUACAACAACCUCAGCAUCAUCGAGUGGAACCUGCUGAAGGAACUGGACCUGGAAUCGGUGAAGAAAGACACCGAGGCUUUUCUCUCAAAGAACCAGCAGGAGCUUGGGAAAGUCACCGUGCUGGAGCCAAAUGAAACAGCAAUCGACAAAGAAUACCAGAGAAUCUUGUCUUUGAAAAAGACAGUCGAGUCCAGAAUAAGAGCGCUGGAGAUUCUCGAGCAGAAGAAGGGAAAAAGAAGAGGAAGCAAGUCCCAAGAGCGGUCGGCCUUGAAGAAAUCAGUCCUGAGUGAAUGUGACUCAAAAAUGGAAAACCUCCUCCAGGCCCGGGAGUCUUUGAGAAGCUACACCCGUGCUGUGAAAGUAGCGGUGCAGUUCCUGAGGGACAUCGAGCUGUGUCUGCUGCCCCCGUGUGGCUCCGCUGGGCCCUGCAGCGAGAGGCUGGAGGAGACCCAGGAGGCUCUGGUGUCUCUGCAGCAGCAGUUCCAGACCCACGUAGAGCGGCUCCAGAGCCAGUUUGCUCUGCACCCUUACCUGUCGCCUCAGAAGACCGAGCAGCUCCAGGAGAACAUCCUGAGCCAGCUCCUGGUGAGGAUGUCCACGCUCCAGGCAAAGGGCCACGUCCAACUGGAGAGUCUCAGCAGGUGUGCGGAACAUCACAGAUCUUUCAACAAGUCCCAGGAGGAAAUCUUCCAGAGAGUGAAGGGUGCAGAAAGCAGCUUGUUGCAGUUUAUCUCUCAGAAACCAACCUGUCUCACUGACUGCACGGACCAGGAGGCAAAGCUCCGAGCUCUGUCGGAGGAGGUGCAGUCCCUGCUGAGGCGUCUGGAGGAGCUGAACGAGUGGUGCCCGGAGCAGAGCUGUCGUGGAGGCCGGGAGGCCACGGUCACCGCCGUCUGGAAAACGGUAUCCAGACUUCGCCGCUGCACUCGGGAGCUCGCACCUCGCAGCAAACAGGGGAUCGCAGAGUGGAGCGAUGUCACCAACAGUGUGGAAAAGGCCUCUACUGUCCUGGAGCUGGUGGAGGCGGAGCUUCCUGACGGCUCACAGGCGAAGGCGUCCACUGAAGAGCUUCACGACGUGCUGCAGUCCCGGGAACAGUACCAGGACCGACUGGACUGCGAGCAUCGAUCCCUGUCGGCGCUGGAGCUGCGUGCCGCAAGGAUGCUGGGUGUCCCCGCCCACCUGGAGCAGGCCCCUCCCACUCCGCUCUGUCAGCAGCUGCAGGCGAUGCAGGCCCGAUACAGCAGUGUGAAGCAGAGGAGCAAGGAGGGUUUGGAGGCUUCCAGGCUGGAGCUGCAGGAGAGGGAAAAGGUGUGGAAGGACCUGCAGGGCGUCCGGGUUUGGCUGGAGGCCGCAGACGGUCUUCUGUCGGAGAUGGAGAAGAGCAGCAGCACACAGGAGCUACAGGAGGUCCACGGCCAGCUCUUUACCCAGAAGGCUUUGCUGCUGCGCAUCAUGGAGAGCAUGAAAACGAAGUACUCCGACAUGUACACGCUGGUCCCAGUCGAGAUCGAGGGCCAACUGCAGGAGGUCAAUCAAUCCCUGCAGCAAGUGGAAGUGAAGGUGGGAGAAGCUGUGCAGCGGAGCGGACCCGUCCACAGGCUCGGAGCAAAGCUGUCAGAGAUCCAGGCUGGUCUGAGGUCAGUCCAGAAGAGACUGGAGCAGAGAAGUCCGACUGUGAUCGAAGCCAAGGUCACUCAGAAGCGAGUGUGGGAUGAGCUGGACGUGUGGCACUCGUGUCUGGCAGCGCUGGAGGUGGACAUGCAGGACCUGGACAAACCAGAGGAGGCUCUGUCCCUCACCGAGAGGAUGGUGGAGGUCCAGCAGCGUCACUCACAACUGGCCAAGCAGGCCGAGCAGAGGACCACCCUCCUCAGCAAGACUCAAACGUGGCUUCAGGAGCAUCGGGAGAUGAUCAGCAGCUCUAAGAGCUGGAUGUCUGAAGCUCAGUCGUGGCUCGCUGCGCCCUGCACCUACACCAGCGCUAAAUGUCUGAGCAGCCACGUUCACACUCUGCAGAUGGUGUUGGGUGACUCGGCACAGAUCCGCACGACUCUGCAGGGCUUCACCUCGGUGCUGCAGGAAAUGUCGCAGAUUUGCGACGUUGCGAACCUCCACCAGCAGCUGGUCGAAGCCGAUCGACAAGUGGCCGACGUUCAAGACAGCUUCACUGCUCCUCUGUCUCAGCUGGAGCACGCUGCUGCUGAGGUGGAGGCCAUUGAGAGCGAGGUCAAGCGGAUGGAGAGCGAAGUGGCCGAGAUCAAGACGUUGUUAUCGUCUCCGGAGACGUUCCCCAGCCCCCGAGAGGAGAGUCUGAAGGAGGUUGAGAAGAAGAUCCAGACCAUGAGGACGACAGUGGCUGAGAUCCAGAGGUGUAAACCAGACCUUUGUCUUCCAGAGAAGUCCGAAGAGACUCUGACCGUCUUCACUGUCGUGGACCAGCUCCAGAACCUGCUGCUGGAACUGGAGAAGAAGGUCCCUGCUCUGUUCAUCCAGCAGCCUCCGACUCCGGUCCAGACCAAAGCUCCGUCGGCCGAACAGACGACAACUCGGCCUCAGCUCCUGAAAUCCUCUUCGGAGGAGGCAGAGAAGGAAGACGCAGAGGAAGGACAGAUCAAAAUCGUCCACGUGGAAGAGGAUGUGCUGACGAGACUUGGAGCGACGCUGCAGACGGUGGAGCAGUCCCCCCCCGAGCAGAGAAUCAGUCCUCAGCAGCCCGAGCAUCAUGGCGUGCUCCAGGCUGAGGAAGAGCAGAAAGACAGUGAGCAGCAGAGAGAGGAAGAAGGUGGAGGAGGUUUUUUCUGGUGGCUCUGGGAGGUUUUCCUGGGCGGUUCUCCAGAGGAGCCUGAGGUCGUCGAGUCGGAGGAAAGCGAAGCUGCCUCCGGACAAAGCCCCGAACAGACUGGAGAGGAGACACAGGAUGUUCAGGAAACCUCUGACCCAACAGAAGCAAGUUCAUCUGAAGCUUUAUCUAGACCCCCGGGCACAGGCUCGACUCAGUCCCUGCCUGAGAGCAUGGUAAACACGCCCUCCACCGUUAACGUUUCCAAAGCCGCCUCCGGGCCCCAACAGAGAUGUGUCGUCUCCUAAAUCUAGAAAUCUAGAGCUAGAACCUUUCACUUCUUCUCCCUCUAAGCCAAGAACUACUUCUAGAUGUGAGUGUAAAAUCAAACAGAUUCCACAGGUCUAUGCUUCAAAAAUAGUCCUGAAACUUGUCAGUUCUGUUCUGAAAACCAUCCUGGAGCUCCCAGCCUCUUCUAGAACCUGCCUUAGAACUCACACUGUGCUCUAGAAUCAGUGGCCAACCAUUCCUUCUAGAGCCAAGUCUACAACACCAGUGUCUUCUACAACCUGGAUUAUACAUCUUCUUCUAUUUCCGUCCCUAGAAUGUUCUAGAAUGGAGCUCCUACUAUUUUCUAGUCCCAUCCUAGUACUACGUCAGUAAUUCCAAAUUCUACUGCCAAAUUGUACGCUCUGUAAAUCUGUAAAAUCGACUACUUCUAAAAAACCCACUAAUACACACAAGUCUAGAGCUUUACAUUUCUUCAGCCAUUGACUUUUUCUAGAACCAUUUAUUUUCCUUGCAAUCAAACAUGAGAACUCCUCACUUUCUCAAGAACCAAAUCUACAACACCUAUUUCUUCUAGAACAUAUUCUUGGUCUCCUAUUUCCUUCUAGUCCUUAGAGCUCUUCUAGAAUUAAAUUAUGAUUUCAAGACUUCAAGGCUUUUCUAGAACGAGGCUUGAAACUCACUUUUUUCCAAAAUCUGUCAUUUCUUUCCUGCAAACUUCUAAUCUCUUGAAAAUCAGCUGAGAGCAUUCAUUCUUUUUGAUUCGAGUCUAGAACACCUGACGUGUUCAAGCACCAAAUCUAGAGCUUAGAGUUCUUCUAGAAAUGUCUCACUUUAAACACUUCAGUGCAUUUACAUGGCAGAGAAUUCCAGAUGUGAACCUCCACAGUCUGUGGUUGUUGGAUCAUUUAUCGGUGUUGCAAUUUAAAAAUGUAAAAAAUAUAAUUUGUGCCAAAGUUUUGCGUGUUUACAUGAAAGAUUACUGAGCUCACAUCCUCCAGAGUAAUUCUGCCGAUUCGGUAUCAGGUGGACGCCACAGAGACGUGGUUCAAGAUGACUCGGCACAUUAUUUACCACUAAGAGAGAAGUGGUCGUCAUGGUGAUGGUUUCUCUUUUACCAGUAAAAGCAGACUGGUGAUAUUUAGCAUGAGGGAGAAGCUUAAUGAAUUUACCUUGAUUCUCAUGGGUUAGUGUUUUUAUAAAAGGCAGAAACAAAGUGUACGAUGUUUUUUAACGUGUUUCAUUUAUCGGGACUGGUGAUUUCAAAUAGUUCAACCUCUUGAUUUGUUGAUUUGUUCUUUUGCUUUCUGAGCUCAUUUGCAAACGCAGAAAUAAACUCGUUGAUUGCUUGCUCAUAUGCUUCUGCCACUUGUAUUCCCAUGAGCUGAACGUGAUGAUAAAUGGAUGUUUACAGAGGUGAUUGAUUAAUUAGAGCAGUCUUCACUUUGGUGAAACGCUCCGUCACUGCCGGGCAGCAGGAAGAAGAGAAUCCCACUUUGUUAUGGAUCAGCUUUUAUACUUAAGGAAACCGAUUGUUGGCCAUGAAAAUGCACUGGUUUGACCUGAUUACUGAUCAACACUCUGCUGCUGGCAGGUGAAAGCCUCCUCGUCUUGUUUUACUCAAUUAGAGGCUUUGAAAACUUGUUGUUUGUUCUCAUGCAAGAUUAAUAAAGACUCUUUUAGUAUUUAAAUAAUGCAUCAAUAUUAAAUCUAUGGACAGUAACAAGGCCUAAGAUGCUGCCGUGUUUUCAGAGAUGUGAGGUUUUCACCUGAAAGCAGCGACACUGAGAUGUCUUACAUUUUACGGCAUGUGCUGUACUUGUACAUUGUUCCACUUUUGUCUUUCCAUUCUGUCCACAUAUCCAAACAGGAGCACGAAUCCAAAUAAACCCACAACAGUGAUCUA